CAAGUAUGUUCUGCCUCGCAAUCCGAGACAGUAAAUAGUUCGCAGUGCGCAUUGAGCCUACAGGUUAUAUCUAGUGGUUCAUGAACGUCUACUAGAGAGGGAUUGUCGCGUACAGGAAAAGUAGACCCAUAAAUGAGUUUGUGUCUAUUUUUACAAGGAUACGGCUGAUUCUCUCGUUAACGGUUGAUGUAUUUCUCCGCCUUACCUGAGCAAGAGCAACGACGAUAAGCGAAAGUAUUUGGAACACCUUGGAAUUAUUAUACUAUUUCAACCAUGGCGAUGAGCGGCGUUGCGGUGAACGAGGAGUGCGUCACGGUGUUCGAGCACCUGAAGAUGGGCCGUCAGUUCCUCUACAUCAUCUACAGGGUCACUGACGACCUUCGAACUAUCAAGGUGGAGGAGAUCGGUUCCCACUAUCAAACAUACGAGGACUUUGUGCAGAGACUGAAAGAUGCUGAGUCCAAGAGGCAAUGCCGGUAUGCAGUGUUUGAUGUCAAGUUCUACCAGAACGCCAUGCCGCAGCAGAGACUGGCCUUCUUCCUCUGGAGUCCGGACACAGCGACGACCCAGCAGAAGAUGUUGUAUUCCUCCAGUAAGAUGACGUUGUUGAAGAAGUUGGAGGGCAUCCCCGUUGUCCUGCAGUGCAACGACGAGGACGACCUCUCCAUGUGCAACGUUCUAGACAGAUGCAUCAGCAAGUACAAAUGAUCAAAACCAUCACUUCGCAUUUUCUAAAAUGGCGCUGACCAAGGGUUGGACGCGUUGCCAUGGUAGCUCGCACAUGACACAACACAAUAGUACGUCAAUGAAUGUCACGAUCUUAAGUGACGUGUGCACCAUGGAGUGUUUCGGAUUUCGAUGAUUCCCGGGUGUAUCUGAGCCGGUAGUGACGUCAGCAACAUUCAGACAUCUAGGAAUAUACCCUUUAGCCCGCGCACAACUGUAGUGGAUACGACAUUCCAAUAACGUCAGCUUCUUAGCCAGCUUACCACACGUAUGCAAGCCUUUCCUUACUGGAGCCAGUGCGCCUUUUCAAAGAUGACACCAUAGAAACGAACAGAGCUAGAACAGAGCUAGAUACAUCAAGAGCGGAGGCAGCUUCUUAAAAAAGGAUGGGUGAAGUUUGUGAUCACAAGCUGAGCGAUGGAAGCAAAUAUUCCGCGAAGCAUCUUGGGAAGUAUGUUUGGUAAACCCGUUCUUUGUGUUAAAAAACCCAAAUCACCAAAUGAAUUUGUCAUAGUGUUGUCAUGUGCGUUACAGUUAGUAUGCCGGUCGCCUGUAAAACUUGUAUCAGUAUUGAGCAUGCGUCAAAAAAGGGGGUGGGGAUGCAGCUCCCCAUGGACCCUCCGGUUCCGUUGAUGUAGAUACAGGGAAGGAAAUGGAACUAGUGUAGGGCAUGGUGCCUACUGAAUAUACACGCCUGCUUCGCCAUCAGGAAUUCACAAGGAUGUAGGCAUAGACCCGGAUAUUGAUAUGGCCAGAAGUCGACGUCAGCUGCAUCUGUGUAGAUGACAAUAGGGGUCAGUGAUCUCCUUGGGCUGAAACACGUGCACGUGUAGUACCUGGGCCACGGCGUUUCGUGGGGGAGUACCUGUGCAGGAAUACUUCUUCUCCACUCAAUUGGUAACAUAUUGCAUUAGUGACUGAGCAAGAAACAAGCCGUUCCAAACCACUCUCGUGGCACGACCCCUGAUGGGCCCCUGUGGUACGUCCACAAUGAGGGUCUGACCAAACAAACAUCCACCCCACCCCUCCGCCCCCAACUCCACCCUACCCCACGAUUAUUGAAUGGUAGUAGUCAGUCCCUUAUAUAGAAAAGCCUGACCGUAACUUGAGCUUCAUUGGGAAUAAAUCCUGUCUGUAUCAAGUAAGUGAAUCAGCAGACCUCGGCUAAUUGGUGGCGGCAGUUAAAUGUAUCCUGAGCGGCAUACGUUUUCUCGUGGCCAGAAAUAACUUAACGCGACUAGUUAUAUGUCCAGUCUCACCUGCCAGGUUGUUUUGUACGAGCUGCACCACGUGGUAUUGGCGUCCUGGAACCUCAAUCUCAUUAAAAUCAGACCUUAGUUCUCGCUACCGCUAAACAAAGAUCUGAGGACAUCCCAUUACGGGUCACGUCAGACCGACCUUGCGCGAACUUUGACCGACCAACAGAAUGACCAAUCAGAAGGCAGCUUUCUCGUGCUUUACGGCACUAAUUUCAAAUUGGCGACUACGCUUCGAAACAUAUUUGGACAAAUUCUCGAUUACAAAUUUGCAACCUAAACAAAAGUACAUUCUAGAAUGCUAAUAGAUGGUCUAGAUUGUAUAGAUUCAGUCGUUAAACCUGUAACUAUCGUUCGGAAUACCCCGAGUUAAAGUUUUCGAAGUUGUAUGCUUAGAAAUCACAUUCCGACAGUCACUUUCAUGAUCUGGUAAGCGAUGCUCUCAUUGGUCGGAUAAAAGGUCGUUCUGACGUGACCCCUAAUUGGAUGUCUUCAGAUCUUUGUUUAGCGGUAGCGAGAACUAAGGUCUGAUUUUAAUGAGUUUGCCUGGAACCAGGACCUGUCAGUGCGUGCUUCAUGGUAUUGAUGGUACAUGUUGGAGCGCUCUUCCAUAAUCAUAUGUUGUGUAAUCUAUAUAUCCAGGUAGAGAUGUUAGCUUAGACAAAUACUGUUGUAUAUCUGAAAAGUUCAUAAUUGAAGCUACUCUACGCAUAAUGCGUACUUGUACAAUGUCCAUGAAGAUCAAAAGAGUAAGUUAGCUCGUUCCCGAAGAACUGGACCCUGAAGUGCACUAGAACAGCAGCAGACGGAUGGUUUUCGUAAGAGACUUAUUUUGAAACAGUGUAAAUAACAUGAUAUAUUCAGUAACAUUUAGAAUGUCGAGAAGUCAUUAACAUUGGUCGUCAUGGUUGUCAUGGUAGCACCAUUUUGACGUCAAGAUCACGGCAAUGAAGGUCUUCCGGUACCAUUGACCUUGCCCUGUAUGGUUCAAGGUCACAGAGCUUCAACUACCUAUCCCUGCAAUCUCAUCAAAAUCAGAGGUUUUACUCCGAUACGAUACCUCUCUGUGUGAAGAUCUUAGGAAACCUCAGUAGAAGGUAGCGUCAGGUGAAUGUCGGCUUCAUUUUUUACGCUUCCUCUCUUCAGAAGUUUGAUUUGUAUAAAUGAAAACCCACACAAAACACAAUUAUUCCUUCGAUGGUACUCCCUUUCGGGUCUAGAUGCCAUGGCGUUCAGAAACGACAGGGUAUUUAAAAUAUCAACAACAAUAUGAUGGCGCAGCCUUAUUUAUUUCAUUCGGUACUUGCUCUAUUGGUUCGUUUUGUAUAUACAGACAUCAGAUAUGCCGGUCGAAAUGCGUCGCUUACUCGUUUCGAGAACUUAAGCCUUGACUCUGAUUGGCUGAUUAGGAAGUUGGCCUGACAUCAGAUCAUCUAGCAUAUAGGUAUCGUAUGAGAGUAAAUGAUCAGAUUUUAAGGAGAUUGACUAUCUGCAACCCCUCGCCUGGUGAACGCAUACCGAGACGGUUCGUUAAACCAAUAGGUGGUGCUAGUCAGACUAACCUGAUUAUUCCAGACCAAUUUGAUAACUUGUUACACAGAACCAUCUGCCACCAUUAGACAUAUUCCAAACAAACGAACGAAAUUGUAAAGGUAAUUAAUCAGGCCCAGUAACUUUUUUUCUCAAGAUGUAUAGUUACAUUAACAGUUGACUGUGUCUGUACGCUCCAGUAAAGACAUCACUUGAUACAAUUACCAACCCCUCUCCAGACGAACUCUUUGUCCCGUAAAGUAUUUAUGUUUGAUAAAAACAAACUGAAAAGGAGCCGCAGUGAGAUGGGAGAUUCAGUAAACCUAGACUUGCUUCAUUUAGUAUUUUAGCAUUACAUAUAAAGAGCUUGGCGGAAGGGGAAAUAAUAUGGUUCAGGGUCUGUGAACUCCAUGAAACAAAUUGGCCUGGCAACAAAAUCAGUAUUUCGAAAUGUUUUACAAAUCUUAUGAAACAUUUGGAAAUUCCGAUGCAACUGCAAUGUUUGUAGUGACAAGGCCAAUGGCGGGCUUUAGUUCAACACUUUAGACACUUAUCGACGUUUUAGAUCAUUGCUACAACUGAAUGACACACGCACACACACAAUGCAUUCUGCGAUACACCUAAAAACCACGGGAUGCAGCGCGAGUCUAUAGACACGAGCCUCUUGUGGGCGCCCGCCUGGUGUGGCGACCGAGAAUAAUCAUAUUAAAAAAGAUAUCAUAUUUCAUCUGCACAGUAUAUCGCAUAUAGUUCAUGUGCAUAGAUGUGAAUAUGAAGAAUAUUUUUGGUUGUUUACUGUGUCGCCCUAUAUAGACAUGUACCCACGCUGCCAGCAUGACUGUUAGUAUCUGCUGUCGUGUGAAUAAACCUGUAAAUACACCGACUCAGUUCGAAAAACAACACUGAAAAUACAAUAUGUUUGCAAUUUAUUAAUUCUAAGGCAAAAUCUGAACAUGUGUUUCUUUUAGAACAUGCACAUAUUUUUGUGCAUUUGGCCCCGUCCGGAAAUAUAGACAUCACUGUCAAUGCAGCUGAUGCUGCAGUCGGAUUGGAUCGCCGCCGUUUUAUGUCGUCUUCUUAUGUUGAUGUUGUAUGGGCAUUUUGUGGAUAUAUUACAAUAUUAAUGCUAACUAACGAAGUGAUUAGUGACUGGUGUACGACAUAACUGCAUGUAGAGUCCGUGACCCUGUAUAUCCCAUGAUCCUCCCCUGUCUGUGUUAUGUAUUUGGUAAGAUGUGGUGCGUAUUGUUUGUGAACAUUCGUCAGCUGGACCCACUUGCACAAAGCGAUCUUAGCGCUAAGAUGAUCGUAACUCCCAUACUUUAACAUAGGCUUACAAUAGUCUUAGCGCUAAGAUCGCUUUGUGCAAGUGGGCCCUAUAUAUUAUGCUGCUAUUUAUAGAGCGACAUUUUACCAAUGUUUGACAUAUUUUGUACAUCAUUUUCUUUUGAAUACAAGCGUCAUUAUCCUCACA